GAGUCGGUUGCCUCUUUUGCUUCAUCCAGUUAUACAUCCAUGAGUUAACUUACCUGGUGUUCGGCGGCUGCUGAAAGGAAUAAGUAUUCGAGGAACUUUGGGACCGGCACGCAGUACGGCAAGCGAAAACUAAGAAAGAAGGAGUCCGUGUGCGCGAGAUCCGCGAAAAUCUCUCGUCGUCGACGUCGCUGUUGUAAGAAACUACAUAAUGUCGAAAGAGGAGAAGGAGAUGAUCAUUCCUGAUCAGAUUUAUGACAAGAACAACAAGAAGUCUUACAUCAAGGGUCGGUAUUUAGGCAAGGGUGGUUUUGCAAAAUGUUACGAAAUUCGAGAUUCAAAGACGCACGAAAUCUUUGCCGGAAAGAUUGUACCGAAAAGGAUAAUGACAAAAAACAACCAACGAGAAAAAAUGAUCCAAGAAAUAAUUAUUCAUAAAAGUUUAAACCAUAGGCACAUUGUUGGAUUUCAUGGAUCUUUCGAUGACAGUCAUAAUGUUUACAUUAUUUUGGAAUUGUGCAGAAAAAGAUCCAUGAUGGAACUGCAUAAAAGAAGAAAAGCUUUAACAGAAUAUGAGACUAGAUACUACAUGAAACAAAUUUUGGAAGGAGUGUCUUAUUUACAUCAAAAUAGAAUUAUCCAUCGAGAUUUAAAACUUGGAAAUGUCUUUCUUAACGAUGAUUUGUACGUGAAAAUUGGUGAUUUUGGCUUAGCCACAAAAAUCCAACACGAUGGGGAGAGAAAACAAACAUUGUGUGGAACACCAAAUUACAUAGCUCCAGAAAUUUUGACAAAAGCUGGCCACUCCUACGAAGUAGAUAUUUGGAGCAUUGGAUGUAUUAUGUACACAUUAUUAGUUGGAAAGCCGCCCUUUGAAACGUCAAGUUUAAAAGAAACGUACACGAAAAUUAAACAAGUUGAUUAUGAAAAACCACCACACAUGCAAAAUACAGCUGCAAUGAAUAUGAUAUCAAACAUGUUACAAGGAAGUCCAUCAAAACGACCAAGCGUUGCGAAAUUACUGAAAGAUUCUUUCUUCACUUCUGGUUUCAUGCCAACAAGUUUACCAGUAUCAUGUUUAACUAUGGCACCGCGUCUCGAUAUGCUUGAAUCAUUCAAUCGAAAACCUUUAUCUGAAAUGAAUUUCAACAAUAGUUUAAAUAUCGAAGAUAUCUAUAGGGUAAAAUCGAGUCCACGAAAGGCUAAGCAAAAUGGACAAAACACAGCACAAAAGGCAGAUCAUGACAUUGAUAAUAUGCUUAAGACUCUAAAAGAGCAAUUGGAAGUAUUAUUGAAGUCUAAGCCUGGCAAAGAAAUGGCUUGUUCAGAUGAAAUGACCGAUCCAAUUGCCCAACCGUUCGUAUGGGUUAGUAAGUGGGUGGACUAUUCGGACAAAUAUGGUUUUGGCUACCAGCUCUCAGACGACGGUGUCGGUGUCAUGUAUAACGAUGGUACCCGCCUUAUAAUGCUCGCCAAUAAUUUCAACAUCCAUUACAUCAAUAGAUUGGGCGAAGAAUUGUAUUACACAAUCAGGGAUUACCCGCAUCAUCUUGAAAAGAAAAUGAAGUUGCUAAACUUCUUUCUGCGUUACAUGAAUGAUCACCUAAUGAAAGCUGGUGGCACGGUUGCCAUUAAGCAAAGCGAUUCUUUGGCAAGACCACCGUACAUGCAUCAGUGGUUCAGGACGCAGACAGCGGUUGUCAUGCUAUUAACGAAUGGAUCCCUUCAAAUCAACUUCCAAGAUCAUACGAAGAUUAUUUUAUGUCCUCUCAUGGCUGCUGUUACAUACAUAGAUCAAGAAAAGAAUUUCAGGACAUAUAGAUUUAAAACAAUUGAAGAAUUCGGUUGUUGCCCUGGACUUGCCAAGUGUCUUAGUUACGCGCAUGGCAAAGUGAAUUUACUAAUCUCCAAAAUGUUAUCCCACGUGGCUGCCUUCCCUUCGGACAAGUAGGCGAAUUAAAAA